AUGGAGCUAAAAAGAGAUUUUCCCGCGACUUCAGCGCUUUUCUGCUGCUGGAUCAUCUGCAUGAACUCCGUGCUGGCUGAAGACUGGACUCACGGUCACACUGAGGACGAGCUCUUCAGGAGCUUGUUUGGGGGCUACAGCAAGUGGACGCGUCCCGCGAGAAACAUCACCGACGUGGUUAUCGUCAAAUUCGGCCUCUCAAUCGCACAGCUGAUAGACGUGGAUGAGAAGAAUCAGAUGAUGACGACCAACGUGUGGCUGAAACAGGAAUGGACCGACUACAAGCUGCAGUGGAGUCCCGCCGACUUCGAUAAUGUGACGUCCAUCAGAGUCCCCUCCGAGCUCAUCUGGGUGCCCGACAUUGUGCUGUACAACAAUGCAGACGGAGAGUUCGCCGUCACCCACAUGACCAAGGCACAUCUAUUUCACACCGGUCGUAUCCGCUGGGUGCCACCCGCCAUCUACAAGUCUUCCUGCUCCAUUGAUGUCACCUUCUUCCCUUUCGACCAGCAAAGCUGCAAAAUGAAGUUUGGCUCCUGGACGUACGACCGCGCCAAAAUCGACCUGGAGCCCUUUGAGAACACAGUGGACCUGAAGGAUUACUGGGAGAGCGGAGAGUGGGCAAUUGUCAACGCUGUUGGCACCUACAACACCAAGAAAUACGACUGCUGCCAUGAGAUCUACCCCGACAUCACCUACUACUUCGUCAUCCGCCGCCUCCCGUUGUUCUACACCAUCAACCUCAUCAUCCCCUGCCUCCUCAUCUCCUGCCUCACCGUCCUCGUCUUCUACCUCCCUUCAGACUGCGGCGAGAAGAUAACGCUAUGCAUCUCCGUGCUGCUGUCGCUCACCGUCUUCCUGCUGCUCAUCACCGAGAUCAUCCCGUCCACGUCGCUGGUCAUACCGCUGAUCGGGGAGUAUCUGCUCUUCACCAUGAUUUUCGUCACGCUGUCCAUCGUCAUCACCGUGUUUGUGCUGAACGUGCACCACCGCUCGUCUGCGACGCACACCAUGCCGCGAUGGGUUCGGAGGCUUUUCCUGUCGGCGGUGCCACGCUGGCUGUGCAUGAAGCGUCCAGAGCAUGGAGUCAGGCCUGUGAGGCGCCGCCAUUUGACUGAUAAACUCCUCCCCAUCCGGACCCCAGGCCCCUCCCACAGUUCGUCCACCUGGCUCACUCAGGAGUCCGACAUCGAUCUCCGUGGUUACCAGAACGAUGGUUCCCACAGCAGCCACCAGCUCGACUCCUUGGAUGAAAUCCACUACUGUGACCUUCACGGUUACAUGAACACAGAUCACUUGGGGAGUUUCGGGGUGAAGGUCGCUGGUCUAUUAAAACAACCGAGGAUUUCCCCGCUCUCUCCUCCUUUCCCUCCGUCUCUGCGUUACAUCCUCCUCCCGCAGAGCGACUCCUCACUCAGCUUUGUCUUAGACACCCCUCCUUUGGAGCAUGGUUCGAUCCAGAGUUCAUCUGCCUCUGUUUUGUCUCCUGCGGUGGUUUCAGCGCUGGAGGGGGUGACCUACAUCGCAGAGCACCUCAGAGCCGAAGACGCAGACUUCUCAGUGAAGGAGGACUGGAAGUACGUCGCCAUGGUUGUCGACCGGAUCUUCCUGUGGAUGUUCAUUAUCGUGUGUCUGCUGGGAACAGUCGGACUCUUCCUGCCUCCGUGGCUCUCCGGGAUGUUUUAG